AUGAACUAUACCGUCAAUAACCAAUUCUAUUAUCCAGUAGGAAAGCAUGAUAUUCCAGCAACACAGUCUUUUGCAUAUCCUGUUUUUCCCUAUGACACGCAUUACCCGUCACUUCACCACCAAGCACCAUCAAAUACCUAUUUUACUGAGCCUCAAGCAUACAUUCCAGUCAAAAAGGAAGAUGAGCAAAGCUCGAUAAAGUCUUCAGUUUAUGAAACCAGCAGCAUACACAGUAACAAUAGUAGUGACAGCUACAAGGAAAGGACUAAAAAAAUGUCCGAGAAACAAUGCUAUCAUCCAUACAACACUUCUCCAUCCAAUACAACAACAACAAAGGUACGAAGACGCCGUAAGCAGCCCCAUGAGCUGCUAUCAGAAGCACAAAAGAAAGCGAACCAUAUUGCAUCUGAGCAGAAAAGAAGACAGAAUAUUAAAAUUGGGUUUGAUCAGCUAAUCGACAUUGUCCCGUCCCUUAAUCAUGGCAACCGAAGUGAGGCGCUUAUAUUGCAAAAAUCCGUUGAACAUAUCCGCCACUUGGUAUCUUUAAAAAAUGAACUCAAAAAUCAAGUCAGGGAUCUACAGGACCUGUUAGGUGACACCAAUUAUGAAGAAGAUUCCUCAGACGAUGAAGUACUCUAUAUGUAA